AUGACUAUGUCUAUAUUCAGGUGUGCUGCCCCGCUGUGGUUGAUGACUUACCAUACCUACUUCAAGGAAAAUAAAAUGGAUAAGAGUACCCUGGACCCUCCACCAUACUCUGGACCAGGACCUGGGUUUGCUGUACAACAACAAGUGGUGGUGGUGUCGCAGAGCCUUCCCACAGAUAGUCCAGGAGAGAUGAUGUGUCCUCAGUGUCGAAUCAAUGUGGUCACAAUGACAGAGUACAAGGUCGGGACCCUCUCCUGGCUCAUUGGUGGAAUCAUCUUUCUUACCUGUUUCCUGCCAUUCUGCUGGAUCCCAUUCUGUGUUCCUUCCUGUAAAGACGUGAAGCACACCUGCCCACGGUGUCACACCACCAUUCACGUCCACAAACGCUUGUAG